AUGACAACAAACAACCAAAAACUCAACAUCGGCGUCGUAGGCCUAGGCCGGAUGGGUCAACGACAUGCCCUAAACGUGCUGCACCGCAUAUCCAAAGCCUGCCUAUACAGCGUCUGCUCUCCAACACCGCACGAACUCGAAUGGGCUAGAAACAAACUCGAGCCUGAAGGCGUCAAUAUAUUCUCUGACUUCUACGAAAUGAUUGACGCCCCGGGCCUUGCGGCGGUGAUCGUUGCAUCGUCGACGGAGCUGCAUAUUGAGCAUACCCUUGCAGCUGUGAAGCGUGGUAUUUGUGUUUUAUGUGAGAAGCCGUUGACUAAAGAUCUGGCCGAAUUGAGUCAGCUACUCCAUGACCUCGGCGAAGACGGCCGCUCCAAAGUAAUGGUCGGCUUCGUCCGCCGCUUCGACGAACAAUAUCGCACAGCUCUACGCAGCAUCCAAAACGGUUCAAUCGGUACACCAUUGAUCAUUCGUUCCCAAGGCGCCGAAAGACUCGACAAGACCGGUUUCUUCAUCGAGUAUGCGCGACACAGUGGCGGCAUAUUCAUUGAUACAGUCGUCCACGAUAUCGAUCUCACACUCUCCUUCCUCGGGGAGGAGAACUGCAAACCCAAAGCGCUCUGGGCAACGGGUUUGAUUGCGCACCAUCAAGAAUUGAAAGAAUUCAACGACGUGGAUAAUGCGGUCGGCGUAGUUGAGUUUUGGGGCGGCAGAAUUGCGUACUAUUAUCAUUCCCGAACUACGUUUCAUGGCUACGACAAUUGCACGGAGAUUAUCGGUAGCGAGGGCAAAAUCUCUAUCAAUCUUGUGCCUCAUGCGAAUAGAGUGCAAGUCUCGAAUAUAGCGGGGAUUCAGCAGGAUGCGACACCGGGUUGGAUUGAGCGGUAUCAAGAUGCGUUUGUGACUGAGCUAGAGGUGUUUGUGGAUGCUAUUUUGCUGGGGCGAGAAUUGCCGUUGAAGUUGUCGUCGGCGUUGCAGGGGAUGAAGUUGGCGAUUGCGUUGCAGGAGAGUUUGGUGACGGGAGAGAAGAUUGAGUUUGAUGAGAAUGGGGAGAGGAAGGGGUUGGGGUUGAAGGCUUUGUUGUAG